AUGCAUCGCUACCACCGACCAAAGAUACGAAUGAGCUGCUUCACGCUCUAUCUUUGCUUGUUGCUGGGUCGCCUGUAUGUCGCAACCGGGUACAUCAGCCCAGUUCCUGUGGACGGCGACGCCGAUGGAGAUGUCCGAUGCAUUGGACUACAAGCUGCCUUUGACAAGCUCGACAGUAUACAGACAGCCGAUCUCGAUCGGAUACAAAACCCCCCUGGCAAUCGCAAUUUCGAUAUCCGACACGUACAGAGAAUCACAAGAGCCGAUGGAAGUACCUUUGCUGACCGAGUUCGGCUCAUUGAACGGAUUAUGGGCAUCAGAAUCCGCGGCGCUGAUGUUGUGGUCAACUUCAAGGGUUGCCCGAGUGGGAUCUGUCCAAGAGAGGUUAAGAGUCUUUCUGGGAAAACUUUUCGAGACAUCAACGUUACUAAGGGGUAUACCAUAGGCGAUACUGCAGUCGCGGAUGCCAGAGAAAAGCUAGCUCGUGUCUUUGGCGCCGACGAUGCUGGAAUCGGGGAGUUGUCUCUCGAGAUUUUUGCCGCAUCGAAUGGAGACUAUCUCGCUUUCUUCACGGACGUUCUGGUGGAACAAGAUGACUACAUGCGCUACUUCAGCGUUGUGAUGGAUGCUCACACUCUAGGAAUCCUUUCGAUAUGUAACCUGGUCGGCCCAUUUUCCGAGGAAAUCGAGCGAAGUGUUGAUGUCGACAGCCCAGCCGCGCCCAAGGGCAAAAAGAAAUCAUCAUCCAGAGGAUCGUCCAACGGAGGCUCCUCGCGACAUCGCAAUCUCAAGAAAAGGGUUGGUUCAAACAGGUUGCCAACUUAUCUCCGAGAUUUGAAGGAAGACGAAGCCAAAGAAAGUGUCUUGAUUAGUACCAGUGGCAUCCGUUGCGGCAGCUGUGCACCAGACUCAAAAGAUGUCACUUGGAGCAGCAACUACACUAGUUGCCAAAUCAAUUCGCUUUAUCUGAAUGAUACGGGUAGAGAAACAACCUGCUUGAUCGGAACCAAUUCUUUGGGUGAAACUGUCCUGGGAGCGGGGCCUGUGCCCGAGUUGCAUUGGGAGGGGACUCAGGAUUGCAAAUCGACAACAAAGGAAUGCCAAACCACAAUCUUGCCCGAAUGCAGUGACGCUAUCAGUGAUGUUCAAUAUGGAGCCAUAAAGACCCUGACAUACUUUCAAGAUUAUCUUGGAGUCAUGGGUGGAUUGCAAGAGAGUGCCGACGAUGCCGUGCCAAUCAAGGCGAACGUGCACUACAACAAGAGGUAUUGCAAUGCGUUUUAUCGAUAUAGCGCCAACACUGUGUUCUUUGGAGAUUGCGAUUGCAGUUACUGGACGCCUUUGACUUCCAUCGAUAUCAUUGCGCACGAGAUGUCACAUGGAAUCACCCGCCAUAGCAGCGCUCUAGAAUACCAAUAUCAAUCUGGGGGGAUGAACGAAGCCUUUUCUGAUAUUGUUGCCGUCGUAGUUGAAACGCUUGCUGAUGACAGCUUUGAUAUCCCUGACUUUGACAUUGGAGAGAUGUUGGGAGCAAACAAGCUACGAAACAUGGAAAGGCCGCGUGAAACCAGCUCCAUAGCCUCUGUUUGUGAAUACCAGAGCAACAUGGAUGUGCACCAUGCGAGUGGACCCCUCAACAAAGCGUACGUGAACUCGGUUAAGGCUUGUACUCAAAAUGGAUGCAGCGACGAGGCGGGCUGUAAAAUUCUUCUUGGAACUAUCUUCAUGUACGCCAACAUCCAGAGCCUAACAACAUACAGCGGAUACUUGGAUGGUGCCACUGCAACAUGCAGCAUUGUCGACGAAUACUAUGCAUCAAAGUCACCAGAAACAUCCUGUGAAGAGGCUUCCAUUGUCACGUUCAUUAGGCAAGGGUGGUCGACAGUGGACGUGGCAGUCAACGAAAACUGUGAAUCAGAAACAUGUUGCACCGAAGCAUGUCCUGCGAUACAGUCAGCCCCGCAAGGGCCAACAUCGAGUCCAACGAAAGAACCCACGCGAUCACCUACGGCUCCUCAGCCCACGCCUAUGCCUACGGUUUCCUCUACGCCUCCUCCGACGACGCCUCCUCCGACGGCGCCUCCUGUUGCUGCUGAAGAGGCGGACAGCCCCUUACUGAAAAUCCUCCAAUUUAUAUCGGGUGUGCUGAAUCUCUUCAACAGUCUCUUCGGAGCAGAGCCCGAGGGGACAGUUUGA